UGUGAGCCGAGAGCAUUCCCCGAAUGAGUCCGGUAGCCGUGUGGAUGCCUUCUAACAUGACCAACAGACACGCAUCCCUAUCAACGGUGCCCCGGGUUUAAAUCUUCCUUCUAAAGUGCCAUGUCCUGCAAAGAAAGUCCCCAUGCGGGUGUUUCCACCACCACCAUCAGCUCUGUAGCUGUGCAAGCUGGGAACUCCAAAAUCGUGAUAGCCCUUGUCAAGUGUGGUGAAUGGGUACAACUCCAGCUGACUGAGUCACAGCCCAAUCUUCUAGAAAUAGGGAGCAGUCAAGAUGAAACCAAGAAACUGCUUCGUGACCAUGAGCUUCUCCUGGCUAAGCUUAAGGCCUUGGAAGAUCGUGUAUGGGAACUUUUACAAGAAGCAGACAGGACAGCGGAAGCUAACAAGGCUCAAAGUCAGGUGUAUGAUGCCAUGGCCCAGACUCUGGGUGAAGCGUGGGCAACCCUGGUCUCCAUGCUUGAGAAAAGAAGGGAGCUCCUUGGACUGACUUCAGAGUUUUUUGAAAGUGCUUUGGAGUUUGCUGUAAAAAUAGACCAAACUGAAGCAUUUCUGCAGAAUCCACAUGAGUUUGAGAGCGCGGAGGCCUUACAGUUGCUUCUUCAGCUUCAUGACCGCCACGCCAAAGAACUCUUAGAAAGAUCGCUAGUCCUUUUAAACAAAAGUCAGCAACUCACUGACUUCAUAGAAAAAUUCAAGUGUGACGGAUCUGAUGUGAAUGCUGAGCUGGUUCAGGGAGCUCAAAGCAGCUGUUUGAAGAUCGACAGCCUCCUAGAACUUUUACAAGACAGGAGACGACAGCUGGACAAGUACUUGCAGCAGCAGCGACAGGAACUGGCUCAGGUUCUACAGUUAUGCCUGUGGGACCAACAAGAAAACCAGGUCACUUGUUGGUUCCAGAAAACAAUAAGAGAUCUACAGGAACAGAGUCUAGGCUUGUCACUUUCUGAAAACAAGGAGCUAAUCUGUAAGCAUGAGGACCUGGAAGUCAGAGCUAAGGAGUGGAAUUCGACCAUAGAGAAGCUGAAGAGCCAGGCCCUGGAGAUUCUUCUGUCGAAGGACUUCACAGACAAAGAACACCUCCAGCUCUCUAACCAGAAACUGAAUCGGCUUCAAGAAGAGUUUGGUCGACUUAUGGUGGAUAGAAAGACCUGGUUAACUCUGGCAAAUGACUUUUUCACCAGUGCCAAUAAGGCAUUUGAUGUACUUGGAGAAGUCGAAGCUUACCUUAAGCUCCUUAAAUCAGAGGGUUUAAGCCUGCCUGUCUUGGCAGCGAGGCAUGAGGAAUUACACAGAGAAAUUAAAGACUCCACCGCCGCUGCUCUGCAGAAGGGAGGGGCCUUAAUCAGCCAAGCCGACUCCUGCAGCUCUCGGGUGACAAGUAUCCAGGAGAUGAUGGGGUGCAUUCAGAAGCAUGUGGACCGUCUCGGCGAACAGUGUACCGCACACAAGGAGUAUGCUCUUAAGAAGCAACAAUUAGCAGCGUCCGUGGAAGGCGCCCUAAGGAAGGUGGAAAUGUCAAUUCAGGAAAUCAGGCCAGUUCUUUCUAACACACUGGUUGUCGGUUCCAGCCCUUCUGAGUCAGAGAAGAUUUUGAAUAAAUAUCUGGAAUUAGACAUCCAAGCCAAGGAGACAGCACACACAUUAGAAGCAGCUGCGGAAAUCAUGGCAGGGAAAAAUGAACUUGAACUCGAUGAAGGGAAACUGCUUUCUUUUAAAGCAAAAUGCCUAGAAGAAGAAUUAAGCACACUUGGUCGAAGCAUCAGCUACAGGUCACGAGUCCUACAAACUUAUGUGGCAUUUCGAAAGUCAUCAGAAGAGGUGGAGGAGCAGCUUCAGAGACUAACGGCGUUUUAUCUGACCAAAGUCCCUCCGAGCGAUGAAGACGCUGCUGAAGUCAAGUGCUGGUCCAGCUCUGCUGAGAGGAGAUGGCAGUUGUUUUUAAAGAAGAGUUUUGUGACCCAGGACUUGGGACUUGAGUUCCUUAACUUAGUAAAUAUGGCAAAAGAGAAUGAGAUAUUCAAUGCUAAAGAUGAAAUGCGUGUCAUGAAGAACACUGUGGAAAAGCAAACAACCGGGAGGGAGGAGCUCAGCCGUCUUCGAAUGGCAUGGUACCUCAAAGCCAGCGGAGGCAAGCCUGUGGGGCAGCAGUGGGAGACCUUCAAAGAGAAACUGAAGAAGACUACUCACAACGUAAAACUUCUCCACGAAGUUCUUAUGCCCGUCUCUGCCCUUGACCUUGGAGGGAGCCUCCAGACGAUGUCAGAUCUGCGAAGAAGGUGGAAUGCUAUGAAGCCCCAGCUUCAGCAACUGUAUGACGAGGUUCAGCAUAUCAUGAAAGAAUGGGAAGUGUUAAGUAGUCAGGGAGCCCCUCUGAAGGAGAAGUCUGACCAACUGAGGGACUUAAUCCACCUCCACGAGAGGCAGAGAGCGCGAAUCCAGGAUUACGAGGAAAUCCUAUACAAGACAAUCCAGUUCCACCAAGUCAAGGAGGAACUGAUGCAUUUCAUCAAAUCGAAAGAACUGGAGCUUCUUGCGCAGCCCACGGAACUGGAAAGUUCUAAGGAGGUCCAGAUGCAACUGGACCGUGCUCAGGAAAGGCAGGCCUAUGUAGAGCAUCUCGGUCGGCUGGCCCUUUCCCUGGGAGUGGACAUCAUUUCAUCCGUUCAACAGCCGAACUGCUCUAAUAUCUCUGCAAAGAACCUGCAGCAACAGCUGGAGGCCCUUGAAUUGGAUAGCAGGGAGUGGAGUGCCAGCGCCAAAGAGUACGAAAGGGUCCUGUCCUGCAGUUUGGAGUUCUGCACCACCCGAGAGGAGAUCAAUGAGCUCAAAGAGUCAUUCAAAGAUAUAAAAAAGAAAUUCAACAAUCUGAAGUUUAACUAUUCCAAAAAAAAUGAAAAAUCUCGAAACCUAAAGACUCUUCAGUAUCAAAUCCAACAAGUUGACAUGUAUGCUGAAAAAAUUCAGGCUUUAAGGAAGAAAAUGGAAAAAGUUAAUAAUAAAACUUCUGACUCAUUCUUAACUUAUCCAAGUAAUAAAGUUAACAUCCUUUGGGAAGCCAUGGAGGAUUUGCAAAAGCAUGUGGAUGACUUUGAUAAAGUUGUGACCGAUUACAAGGUGAAUUUGGACCUGACUGAACAUCUCCAGGAAAUACUAGAAGAGUGUAACUUUUGGUAUGAAGACGCAAGCGCCACAGUUGUAAGAGUUGGAAAGUAUUCCAUGGAGUGCCAAACAAAGGAAGCUGUGGAGAUCCUCCACAGACAGUUCAACAAGUUCAUUGUUCCUUCGGUGCCUCAGCAAGAAGAAAGGAUUCAGGAGGUCAUCGACCUUGCUCAGCGCUUAUACGGUUUGGAAGAAGGGCAGAAAUAUGCCGAGAAGACUGUCACAAGACACAAGGAGAUUCUCGAAUCUAUCACUGAAUUAUGUGGGUCUCUUGUGGAGCUUAAAGAAAAACUGGAGCAGGGCGAUGUUCCAAAGCAGCGAGAUGUUCCAAAGCUGAACCCAAAUUUGGAACUUUUCCACGACAAUGGCAUCGACCUACUAAAGGAGCCCCCGAGGAGUGAGCAGACACUGUUGGAUGAAGGAAGGAAUGAGGGGCAGGUGCGAGGAGCAGAUACCUUGGACAUAAACGGAAGAUUGGAGCAUGGGCUUCCCAUGGACUUGAGACAGUCCUUGCCUGAAAAAGAGGGUGGUGCCCAGGGUCUGAUGCUGGAAGACAUGCUGUCUGGAGAGGAGUCUGAGUGUAUCUCAUCUGAUGACAUCUCCUUGCCUCCACUGCCGAUGAGCCCGGAGUCCCCUCUGGCACCAUCCGACAUGGAGGUGGAAGAACUUGCCAGCUCUGCAGCCCCCAUGCUCCACAUCGGCAGCUAUAGGACACACACAGGGACUGGUGUUCUAGGGCAGUCCCAGGAAUCUGUUCUUCCACCACCCGUUGCUUUUGCUGAUGGGUGCCCUAAUAGGAAAGACACAUUUACAACUCACUUGAAGAGGCCCUACCCCCAAUUCAAAGCCGGAACCUCAUUAACCUCCAAAGGAUCGGUAGAGAUGAGUAGCACCAAUGUGAAAUGUCCGACGAGCAUGCCCCAGGAAGUGCAUGCCACAGCUUUACAGCAAGGCUCCCAGGCUCGGGAGAGCUCUCUAGAGACCCAGGAGAAAGUGCAUGCUGAUUCUAAUGUCACUAAAACCCAAGACAGGCUGCAUGAUCCCCCUGAUGCAUCCCCUGGCCUGGGCUCUCAGUCAGACACCAGCAGGAGGCAAGCGGGUCCCCAAGGAGACAGGAAACACUCAUCUGCCGGGAACAGCGUGGUCAGCCUCGCUGGCCAGGCACCUCAUUUCUCCAGGUUGCUGUCCAAUGUAACUGUCACGGAAGGUUCCCCGGUGACUUUGGAAGUCGAAGUAACAGGAUUCCCAGAGCCUACGCUGACGUGGUUCAAGAAGGGCCAGCCACUGUGUGCCGACGGACACUUAGAGGUGUUGCACAAGGACACAAAGCACUCGGUGUUCAUCCCAAAGGUAUGUGAGGCAGAUGCUGGCCUCUAUGUGGCUCAAGCCCAAAACUCUAGUGGCACCCUGUCUUCCAAAGCCGUCCUCCAUGUGACAGGUAACCGUGGGUCACCAAUCACAAGAAUAAACUGGAUCGUGUUGGGUGCCAUCUACAUCAGCGUAUCACUAAUAUACUGGCUACUUGCACAGUAGUGGGUGCUGGCAUCGAUGGACGUCGUUAUGAGCCUAACGGACACUAUGGUUGUUUAUUUUCUCACACAUCACACAAAUCAUCCCCCACCAACGUAUCUCUACUCUGGCCACGUUGUUUGUUUGACUAAUACCGCUGCUAGGAGGAAGAAUUGCAUUUUCUCUACUGUUUAAUGUAUUUGGGGAACAUGGGAAAUUAUGUACAGUAUAUAAUAAUAUAUUUUGUAUUCUAAGGAGAGAACCAUCUUGUAUGAUAUGCUGAUUCCUUGGGUAAAGGCAAGUGAACGCUUACAUCAGCAUACAGAUGUUCUCUGAUUUUCAAAUCCAAGUGUUUGAUAAUUUCUUUUUAACUGUGUUCAUAAAUAUGUCUUUGGAGGGCAUUACAUCAAGCUGAAGUUGUGAUUUUCAGUGAUGUAUUAACUUCCCUUUAAUUGUGCUUUCCAUGUCUUGAUCUUGUACCUUCUAUCUUGUGUCAACAUACUCUACAUUCCCGAGGCUGAGGAAGUCACUAUCAGUAACCAUUCCUUGUGUUGAUCUCUUGGGCUUGAUGUUGGAGAACACACAAGCCACCCACUUUAAAAUGGAGUUCCAACCUUUCUAUCAGCUCUGCACGUCAUAUGUCAAGAUGGAGCACAGGCUACAGGAGGGGACCAACGUUCUCCUUGUUCUUCCACUGCCGUGCAUUGGCCAUGGCGUGCAUAACUGUAGUCAGGUCCUCUUGCCUCUGAGUUGAUGCUGCUGCCUCUGAACAUUGUGGAGCCGACCACAAAGCAUCUCAGUGCCUUGCUUUCCCCUCUGAAAAGGGGACUCAUCUACCUCUUGACAACUGAGAUUUUCUUUCACGUCCUGUGGUGAUUAGGUCAAUGGAAAAGUGCUCAAUGAAAGCUCAUUUUAAGGCUUGGUGUGGUUUGUCAGGUUGCUGCUCAUUGCCCAUUCAUUCCCUUUCAGAUGCUGGUCUUUUAGAAUAUGAGAUGAAAAGAAUGCUGUUAAUACGUAAUUCCCUACUAGUCCCUCGGGGGAGGGUCAGACGGAUGGUCUGUGAAUUAGAGCAUAAAUUCCUUUCUAACUUCUUAUGUCUACAUCCUUUUCAAAGACUUGAUGUUAACCUCAACAGGAUAUCAUUAGGAUGUUUUAGGGGACUCAGGGUGAGACAGAAGAAGACUAACCUAGCCUUCUUGUGCAAUUAUCGCUGUAAUGUUGAAGAAGGCUACAUGGCUUCCAGAAAGGCAUCAUUCGAAAUGGCAGAUCAUCUUUUUGCUUCCCUUGAAGAACAAGAGAAGCAUUUGCUUUUAUGCUUUAAACCUCAUCUGUCUUGCUAGUGUAAAAUCUUAGGUUGAAAGAGUAAUUUAUUGCAGAUUUCUGAUGGAGGGAAAAAGGUAAUUAUGUUGCUAGAAAACCGUCUACAAAUAAUCAAAAUAUUUAAAUAUAAUAUAAUUGGCUUGGUAUUAAAAAGCUACUGAAUGUUGUGGAAGAUGAGAAAUGUCUAGUCAAGUAAAGAGUUGGCCUGUUUUGUGUGUGUUGCAUAUUUAGUUUAAUUAAAAAAUUAAAAUUGAAAAUACGUUUUCUUUCAA